AGGCACUCCAAGCGCAUGCGCACUGUUCUCCCUGCGCGGAGCUCUCUCUGCGCAUGCGCGCUGCUCCCCCUCCCGGCGCAGUCGCAGCGCGGCGCGCGGGCCAAGAUGGCGGCCGCGUGCUCCUCGCGCUGGUUCGGGGCCGCCGCCGCCGCCGCCGCCAGGAGCCGCGGGGCCGGGAGGCAGGGGGGGCGGCUGCCGCUCGUCUGGCUCGUCCGAGGGCUCAACCUCCCGCCACCACACGCCGCCGCACGCCGCCUCCUCGUCCUGCCGCUCUGCGCUGCCGGUGAGCGGGGCUGGGCAGGCCUGACCCUCACCGUGGCCCCUGUGCCCUCCCAUUCCGCAGGACCGAGGCGAGCUGCUGCUGCCUUCCACAGUAGCGCCAGGGCUGACGCCAAGGAGGACUAUUACCAGGUGCUGGGGGUCCCCCGCUCUGCCACCCAGAAGGAGAUCAAGAAGGCCUACUACCAGCUGGCAAAAAAAUACCACCCUGAUACAAACAAGGAUGACCCUAAGGCCAAAGAGAAGUUUGCUCAGCUGGCAGAAGCCUAUGAGGUAUUAAGUGACGAAGUGAAGCGGAAACAGUACGAUGCAUAUGGCACAGCUAGUUUUGAGCCUGGCGCAACCGGUGGUGGCGCAGGGCGGCAGUACUGGAGCAGCGGUCCCUCCAUCGACCCCGAGGAGCUCUUCAGAAAAAUCUUUGGAGAGUUUUCGGGAUCCCCUUUCGGGGACUUUCAGAGUGUCUUUGACCAGCCGCAGGAGUAUAUCAUGGAGCUGACAUUCACCCAAGCUGCCAAAGGUGUUAACAAGGAGAUUGUGGUGAACAUCAACGAUUCCUGCGAGCGAUGUGACGGUAAAGGACACGAACCCGGCACCAAGGCACAGCGCUGUCACUACUGCAAUGGCACCGGCAUGGAGACGAUAAAUACUGGCCCUUUUGUCAUGCGAUCUACAUGCCGACGGUGCGGCGGGCGUGGCUCCAUCAUAACAACGCCGUGCGUUGUGUGCCGAGGAACGGGGCAAACCAAACAGAAGAAGACAGUGAUGGUCCCUGUGCCAGCUGGUGUUGAGGAUGGGCAGACGGUUCGGAUGCCCGUAGGGAAGAAAGAAAUUUUCAUUACGUUCAGGGUGCAAAAAAGUUCGGUGUUCAGAAGAAAUGGAGCAGACAUCCAUUCAGACCUCCUUAUUUCAGUAGCACAGGCUGUUCUGGGAGGCACAGCCAGGUGUCAAGGCUUGUACGAGACAAUCAAUAUCGCGAUACCCCCUGGUAUUCAGCCCGACCAGCGCAUUCGAAUGAGCGGGAAAGGCAUUCCCAGGGUUAACAGUUACGGCUACGGAGACCACUACAUUCACAUAAAGAUAAAAGUUCCUCAGAGGCUGACGGAUCGCCAGAGAGCCUUAAUGAUGAGCUAUGCCGAGGACGAGACAGAUGUGGAAGGCACAGUGAACGGUGUCACAAGUACAGCAUCAGGUGGCAGGGCUACGGCUAGCGCUGACGCAGGCGGGGAUAGGCCUGAGGCUGAGGAAAACAAGGAGGGAUUCUUUUCCAAACUUAAGAAAAUGUUUAGCUCCUGACACCCCAUCCGAGGGAAGCGUUCUACUGGAAGCUAGGAGCCAGCAGCAGAGAUCUUUGCAGUCGGGGAUGGAUCCUUCUGGCAGAGGGCUCUGGAGAGUGAAGGAUGGCAGUGAGAAUCCCAGCUGGAGAGGCUACAAACCCCUGAGGCACCAACAGUCAUCGUGAUACAAAUCCCAUUCGCCAUCCUAGGAACCAGGAAUGAAGGAAAGAGCCAGCUUUGUAGAAAUGCAGCUCGCUCUCUCGAGGUCAUUCACAGUCCCUGCUGCUGCUGGAAUCUUUUCUGGUAAAAAAUAGAGUUGAAAUAUUUAUUUAGAAUCCUAAACAGUGGAAAUGAGAAAUAAAAAUUGCCCUUGCAGCACAGGGUGGAGCAGUUUGCUGUCCUGGGUGGCUGCUGCUCGCUCCAGUGCUGGAUGUGCUUGGUGAACUUACAAAGAUGGUGAAGAUACCUUUUCCCAGGAGACUCGGUGGGUCAGGGUUAACCCUGGCUGUCCUGCACGUCUCCGAGGGGGAAGUCCCUGCGGCUGGGACUCUGCAGAGCCCGGCUCCCUCUGCAGCCACGGGAAAUCCAUUAAUUAAAGUUGAAACACAACUGCUGUCACUUCCAAGGGGUACAAGUUCAUCACCGAGCCCUUUGCCAGUUUGGGACAAAGUCUUUUAUUACCUUAGUGCAACACCCGUAGCAUAAUUGAUCGGUCAGAGUCAUUGUUCGUACACGUGAGAAUACGAGUGCAGCGGAUCGCUCCUGCCGCGCGGAGUCAAGCUCUUCCAGUGAGUAUUUCCACGGCUCCUGCAGCCGCUGGUGUUAGUUGUGCCGUGCGGGCAGCGCCAGCCCUGCUACUAAUCGACCAGUUACACAGGGACGUGGCUUAGUCUUGCCCUUCUUAAUUUGCUGAAAUAAAGCACGCGUUGCCUCCUGAUUAAACUGUCUGUAAAGUGAUUCUGUAUCCAUGUAAAUAAGAUUGACUUCAUAAAGAUAUUUAA